AUGUUUCCGACUGCUGGCGAUCAGAACGACGACACGCAGACAAUCGACCUCGAAGAAUUGCGAAUCCGCCUCGUGGACCAGAAUGCACCGUCAGCAGAGCUCAACGAAGUGAUGGAGCUCCUGCAGCUGGCAUUCACUGCCGACUCAACUGCUGGGCAACGUGCCUCAAUCAGCGACGACGCUCUUGGGUUGAUUGUGCAGCUGUUUUUCCAGUUGUUCGACGAGGAGAACGAGCGACUGUUUCGUGUUGUCGGUCGCACUAUCGCAUUUUGGUUGUACAACAACGAAACGGCCAAACGACGCUUGCGGGAACAGACCUUCACGAUGUCGCCAGCAAAAAGUCCACUGACUUUCCUCGCGCAUCUGAAUGAUCGGUUUCAAACUCCACAAGACUCCCAAAACUCCAAGCACCUAUCCACCAUUGCCUUGAUUUUGCAGAACUGGGUCUAUCGUGAGCCAGUGGCACAACUUCAGGUGUUUGACUCGGCAGUGUUUGAUGCAGUCGUCCGACAUUUGCACCAUGUCUCCCUCUCCAGGCUGUCCGACAUCAAAAAGGAAAUGCUGUUUGUUCAGCGAGCAUGCCAAGUCUUUGUCGAAAUCAACAUCGGUGAAUGUCUUUCGCAAGCUGUUGAAGAUGCCAAACGCUUUGUUAACUUGCUGGCAGAAGUGUUCGAAAUCUGCUUCGCAGUGCCUCUAGCUCAUGAGCCAUGCCUCGAAGCCCUGGACGCAAUUAUUCAGCUGCAUCCCACGAAUAUGUUCGAGUUGCCAGAGUCGACUGUGUCUCACAUUAUCAUGCUGCUCGGGGGUGUUCCGGACGAUCAAGCGCUACUGCAAGGGUUGCUUGACCGAGCCCACCCGCACCGUAUCAUCGUUUUGCCAACGCGUAUUGUGAGUGCUGUUGCUAAUUUUGAUCUGUGCGAACUCUGA